GACGCCUCCGGCUCCUGCCCUUCCACGCGAGGCGCAGCUCGAGAGACGCAGCCGUUGCUGCGCGUAUGGCUGUGCAGUCCACCGCUCCGUCGCUCCCGCCGCCGCCGAAAAACUACAUCCAGCGCGCGCGCACGCAGCAGCGGAACCUGACGGCAAGAGCAGCAGAGGUCGGCUCGGCAGUAGGUCGGUCGUCGGCCAACCUGAUUAGCGAGGUUGGCUACGCGGCGAGGUCUGUGGCGCCCGAGUCGCUGGUGCGAGCGUACAAGGUGUGGCCGACGAAGAACGUCUUCUGCUGCUGGGGCUUCCUCAUGACCGGCCCGGUCGAGGACGUCGGCCCAAACAGCUGCGCGUGGACGUCGCUGCUCACGCCGAUGGCGAUAUUCUUCUACACGUGGAGCGACAUCCUGUGGGACCCGUCGCACGUGCCGCCGGUGUACUCGUACUUUUGCUGUCUCGCCUUCGCCUCCGCCGUCUUUUGGUUCUCCGUCACCUCCUUCACCGACCCCGGGAUCAUCCCGCGUGGGCCAAAGCCGUCGGGCCCGAUGCCGCCGCAGCGGACUCGGACGGACGAGCGGGGGGCGACGGUGUACGAGACGUGGUGCAGCACGUGCAACGUCUACCGCCCGCCCCGCUCGAGCCACUGCUCCGACUGCGACAACUGCGUCCGCGACUUUGACCACCAUUGCCCGUUCACCCGCAACUGCAUCGGCGCGCGCAACUACGGACCCUUCGUCAUGUUCCUCUCGUCGACCUGCCUCUCGCUCGCCGUCGUGCUCAUCUCCGCGCUCGCCCUCCCCACGCGCGUGCCGCCGCACCCGGGCGCCCUGGACCCGCACUCGACCGGGCUGCGCGGCCUCGCGUCGACCGUGUCGGUCGUCUUUUGCGCCGUCAUGGCGGCACUCCUCUUCUCCUUCACCGCAUACCACGUCUCGCUCAUCUGCGCGGGCAUGACCACCAAGGAGCACCUCAAGGGGCGGCGCGCCCUCGUGCAGCAGUCCACCUUCGAGCGCCUCUGCGAGCCCUGCGCCGUCCAGCCGUCGCAGAUCCAGCCGCGCAAGCUCGUCUCUAUAGCGGUGGGCGGGGAGCCGCCCUCCGCCCACGUGGCGACCAUCUCGCAGGACGACCUCUGACCGAGGCCGUGACCGUACUUAGCAGUACCAGCAACACCGCGCGGGCGUGUGCAGCGCACGCCUCUCCCCCAUCGCCUCCUCUCCCCCCAUAUCCGCUGCGUCACGACGCCCCACGGCGGCGCCUCGGAGGCUUGCCGCCUCCGACGUGUCGCCGGCCGGGGGGGGGGGGGGGGUCAGGGGGGGGUGAGCACGUCUCAUCGCUCGCGCGGUGGGCAUGCACUGUCUCCGUCCAGCGGUCCAGGGAGUAGUGGCGCGCCGUGAGUCGAGUGAGUGUGAGGGGCAUAGGGAAGCGCAGUUCGCCUGUUGUCGACUGCUCUCGUUUUGUCGACUGCACACGACUUUUCCGCCUUUCCCUUUUUGCACACCCCGGG